AUGAGUUACAGUCGGCCUUUUCCCAGUGUGUGGGACAUGACCUCUCUCAAGUUGGACAACCUGACUAACCGGACCUCGUCCAGCACCUUGAGGCGCCUUUUUGAGAGGUACGGGCGUAUCGGUGAUGUGUACAUUCCGCGGGACCCCUUCACUAAAGAAUCCCGCGGUUUCGGUUUUGUCCGCUUCUAUGAAAAGCGCGAUGCCCAGGAUGCCAUGCAUGCCCUAGACAGGGUCAGGCUGGAUGGCUCUGAGGUGCGGGUAAAGAUGGCCCCCUAUCCUCGCUACUCAGAUCACCAUCAUGGCUGCCGGGGAGGGCCAUCUCGCAGGUACCCGGAAGAUGGCAACAGAAGCCGCAGCCCAAGGCGUCUUCACCGCAGCCACAGCCGCAGUCGCAGCCGCAACAGGAGCCAGUCCCAUUCUAGGAGCAGUUUGCUCAUCAGCUCCACUUCUAGCUCUUGUGAGGUAAUUUUCCACUUGUUGAUCAAGAUGGAAAAUUCAAAUGUUAGGCAUCAAGAAAGUGAGUUUGCCGCCUACCGCAGGCGUCAGAGGGCUAAAUUGCUUAAGCUAGAAGCCUUUUAUCGAUUUGUAAGUGAUCUAAGUGAUGAGGAUUAUAUCCUUUUGAGGGACAACAAAUUGUUAGGUGGCCCAGGUGACAGUACAGAGGAAGAGCUGCAGGCCAGACUACGGAUGAUCAAAGAGGACCCGCCACCACAACACUCAGGUGAAAAUUGA